UCUCUCCACCGAAAAAAAAAAAAACUAAAACCCUAAUUCCAGCGUCGUCUUCGCGCUCUGAAAAAUCGCAGUGUAGAGAGAAGGAGAAGAUGAGAGUGAAGAGGCAGAAGAAAAACAGGAGAACCGUGAGAUUCUUCACGGUCUGUUAUGGAUUCCGACAACCCUACAAAGUCCUUUGCGACGGCACUUUCGUCCACCAUCUUGUUUCUAAUGAGAUCACUCCCGCCGACACUGCUAUCUCUGAACUCCUCGGAGGUCCCGUCAAGCUCUUCACCACCAGAUGUGUGAUUGCGGAGUUGGAGAAAUUGGGGAAAGAUUUUGCGGAAUCUCUGGAAGCUGCUCAGAUGCUUAGUACAGCAACAUGUGAGCACGAGGAGGCAAAAGCAGCAGAUGAGUGUUUGUCAGAGGUGAUAGGUAUGAAAAAUUCUGAGCAUUUCUUUCUUGGUACUCAGGACGCGGAGUUUAGGAGAAAGCUUCAGCAGGAGUCUAUCGUUCCUCUUGUGUUUGGUUUAAGGAACAUACUGCUGAUCGAUCAACCUUCUGAUUUCCAACGUCAGACCGCCAAAGACUCUGAAAAUAAGCGCUUAACUAUGACUGAUACAGAAAAAAAGUUGUUGGUGAAACGGACUGCGAAAAUCAUAGCUUCUAAUAGAGGAGAAGGAACAAUUGAAAAUGAAGAAUGGGGAAUGCCUCGAGUAGUUUCUACAAGAAAUGGACUUGGUGUGAAGGAUAGACCUCAAUUCAAGCGAAAUAGAGCCAAGGGUCCAAACCCACUUUCAUGCAUGAAGAAAAAGAAGGAGAACAAUUCAGAGAAACUUCAAUCCAAAUCCAAAGCCGAUUCUAACUCUGGUGCACAAAAGGAAAAGAAAGAAGGCGAGAGCGAUACAAAAAAGAGGUCAAGAAAACGGUCAAAAAAGGGAAAGUCUGGUCCGGAGAGAAGCGAGUGAAAAGAUGUUGUUUCAUAUUUAAUACUUCUUGAGUCGUUAUUUUUUCUACUGCAUACAAAAAUUUUGGUCA